UUUCUGCCCAGCGCGCACUCUCCAGGCCCUCCCCCCCAAAGAAAAAACUGACAAGCCUCGCCAUAUAGUGUGAUGGCAAGCGGCCUGCGUGCUCGCAGUGCAUCGCCCGAGAGGGGGCCUGCCUGUAUGACAUGACUGACGAGCAGCGCCGGCUCACCUUCCUGCGAGACAACGUAGAGCAUCUGGAAGAGGAGAAGAGCGCUCUGGAAACGCUCGCCAAUGCGCUUAAGACCAGUAGCGAGGAUGAAGUCACCAAGAUCAUCAACCAGCUUCGCAACAGUCCCGACGUCCACAUCGUUGCGCAGUCCCUCCGGGGUCGCAGGUCCUUUAGUGUCAGUGAGCGACCUGAAGGCUCUGUGAUCAGCAACGCUGCCAUCAGCACCACUGACUAUGACUCUACUCCAACAAGCCCUGUAGAUGUCUUCAGCCGACUCGAACAGUACGAAACUCUUGUUCGGAAAAUCACUACAGCUUCCCAAGCCGACUUAAGCGAAAUCAUCCGGCGCCUGCGAUCUCACGACAAUAUUAGUGUCAUACUUUCUUCCAUCCAGACUGAGAGUUUGCUCCAGGUCCUAAGCACCCGCGACUACGAGGUUACCCCAGGGAUCGAGGCCGAUUACUCUAGUCGAGAGCAGAUGUUCGGUUUGGUAAAAGGAGCCCAUGCCGCAAACUCUAGCCGAGCCCCAGAUGCACACGCGCCAUUGGUAAACCAGCAGCCUUGGACAUCUGUGUCAAAUGACUUUGAAUUUAUUGAACACCUCUUAUCUCUCUACUUCUCGUGGCAACACUCAUUCUUCCAGAGCUUUCCAGAAAAGCUUUUCCGAGAGGACAUGGUCACAGGAGGAACAAGGUACUGCUCUCGACUACUUGUCAACGCCCUGUGUGCAACUGGAUGUCUGCUAUCUCGUCGACCUGAGGCACGACGUGACCCCAACGACCCAAAAACCGCUGGCUUAGACUUCUUCGACGAGGCUGUGAGGCUGUUGAACGAGACACGAAUUUCGAGCAUCCCGACCAUCGCCGCUCUGUACUUGUUGUGCCAUGUAGAGGGCAACCGAGGCCAGCUUAGCUCAUUAUGGAUGUAUAGUGGGCGUAGCUCUCGGAUGGCGCUGGAUAUCAACCUACAUCUACGAAGCGAUAAACCAUCAUUAGAACAUCCUUCUGCUGCUGCGAGUAAAGAAGAGGCAGCCAGGGUUCAUGCCUUUUGGGGGUGUUUUAUUGCUGACCAGGUCACAAGCUUUACUCUAGGUCGACUUCCCCAAAUAUCAACGAACGCCAUCACCGUUGAACUACCACCGAUCGAUGAUGAGGUAGACCAAGAGCCCUGGCUGGCUUACGAUAUGCCUAGUGGGAAAAGGCCAGGGGCUCGCUCCACCACAUUCAACCAAGUCGCUGCACUAUCGAAAAUUGUCAACUCGACGCUUCAAAUGUUCUUUGCACCUGCUCAAAUACUCAGCGGCACUACUCUCCUCGAUGAAUAUCAAAAGUACUUGCAAUGGUUCAGCCGACUACAGGACCUCGUCUCCAGCAUUGACGAUGCCCCUCCCCACAUUCUGUGUCUACACAUGUAUUACCACGCUGCCGUCUUACUACUCUUUCGCCCUUUCCUCAAAGCUCAAUUCACCGAGUCGAAGGUUUCCCCACGUGAGGUGUGUCGCCAAUCCGCAAAUGCUAUUUCCGACAUCUUCGCUCAACAUCGCCGACUGUACGAUCUUGUAGGCAUACACACUUUCCAAGUGCACUGCCUUUCAACAGCCUGCACCAUCCACAUAAUUAAUGUUCCUACUAUUUCGAGCACCAAAUACCUUACCGCGGCUUGUAACAGUUUCCAAGAUCUUGUACACCGCAACGAGUGGGCAACAGGAUCUCUCAACAUCAUCAAAGGGCUAGUCCAGAAGUGGAAUAUCAUUCUACCACUGGAAGCCGAAACAGCGCUUUACCGCAACCAGGACACCAUUUCCAACUUCGACUUCGGAUCAGGCAGUCAAAGCGCUUCUAGUGGUGCUCCCUCGGAGCGAGGAUCAGCGCCAUCCUUCUCAGAGAAGCGCGCCUUGUUCCGCAGUCCGUCCUCGCAGGUCAUGCAAAAACGCCAGCGCUUGGCGCCUCGCGAAACGGGCCAUCAAGUAAUGAACUACCUGUUCGCUCCGUCCCCGAACCAACCCGCCCCGCUACUCGGCCCCAUGCACACCAGCACGUCGGCGGAAACAGAGUGGAACGACGAGCUGAACAUGGUGGCGCAAGGCUUCGACGGGUUGAAUUUCCUCGGCGACGACUGGUUCGAUCCGUUCAUGGGGUUCCAGGGGGAGAACAGUGCGCUUUGACUUUUGAUUACUGAAUAAGGCUACUCGAAUGCAUCAAGCAUCAACUUAGCCUGGCAUUCCACCGUGGCCAAUUGGCAUGCUUACUGUUCAUAGUAUUCGACCUCAACACGUUUCAAUGCACUUCAGACUGUAUGGCGUUUUAGCGUCUUGAUGGGGAUCAUUCGUCUGGGUCAUGAUUUCAUGACGCGAAGGACGAUGACACGAUCGGUUGGGUCCUUUUAUUUUCCCACACAACAUCUUGUACGACAGACAAGUACUAGGACAUCGAUUGAUGGUUUAAUGGAUAAUCCGGUCUUUUCGUCUAGUGGAAGCCUUUCUUCG